GCAUAUGUUAGAACCGUGUUUCUUUUAACAUCAAGCCUCUUUCGUUCAACUAGUAUUUUAAGGACGUUUACAUUUACGCAAUUCUUAGUGAUAAUUUCUGAAGAGGUUCCACUAAGUGGCCUAACUAUCAUUUUUCUAGAUCGGCCGUUCUCCCACUCUAUUGAUGUCGCUGAGGAUUUGUUACUUGACGUAUCAUCACCGUUGUUGUCGAAUAAUGUAGUAUGCACAGAUAGUACUGGCUCUGCGUACCUCGUCGAUUUAGCCACGGAAAAAAAGAUCUCUGACUGGAAGGCUCAUUCAUUGCCCUACUCUGAUGCCCGAUGCGAGGUGUGGACAUGUGCAUCAAACGGUAAUCUGGUGUGCACUGGUGGAGAGGACGCAACCCUCAAAAUAUGGGACGUCCGUGAUCAUUCCGCCAUUCAGCAACAUAGCGAAUUCAGCGCAGGAGUUACAUUUAGUGGUUGGGAAGGAGAUCACGUAAGAUUACUGACAACAGGACGCUAUAAGUUGAGUGUAAUGAUACUUGGAUUUCAGACUGCCGGUGGUGUUUGGCACAUUGAAAAUUGUGAACGUACUUAUCUUGUUGCAUGUAUGUAUGGCGGAUGGGCUUUGUUUGACAAGAAUUUAAAACUUUCCCUGGCGAACAAAACGGCAGGAGAACAACUUCUAUAUGGAGUAACCAUGAUAAGUGACAGAUCAAUUGUUUACACGUCAUUCAACGACUGUAAGGUGACAAUCACUACGUUGUGA